AUGGUACCGGACAUGAGGGCACGAGUGAGGAGGUUUGUUAGGGGUCUUGAUCCCUAUUUGUAUGAUGGGGCUAAUAUUGCGACACAUAAUGGGGGGAUGACUAUCUCCAAGAUGGUUGCUUUCGUAGAAGGGAAUGAGACAAGGAUGAAGGAGGAAGAAGCCUUACAAAAAAAUAAAGACAAGGAGUUCAACAAGAGGGCCAAGUCUACCGGACAGUUCAUAGGUAAUGAAAAUAGAAAGUUCUUUAAGAACAGGUCAGCCGGACUUACUCCGUCCACGACAAGUGCUCCAGUUUCCAUGUUCAGGAAAGAUAACCGUCAACAGAAUUUUAGGUGGUCAGGCUCCCAGUCUCAGGCCAGUGUGACUCAGAGUAACUUCACCAAUCUGAUUUGUGCUAAGUGUGGGAAGAGGCAUCCGGGGGAGUGCCACUCUGGAUCAAAUAUUUGCUAUGGAAGUGUAUCAUCAAGAUGGCAUCAGUGUUUAUUCCUAGUGAUUUGUUCAUUGAUACAAGUAAAAGCUGAGGUUUUGCAACCAACCGUUGAGAAAACGCUUGUUAAAGACGCCGUCUCAAAAGGAGCUGUUUGUUUAGACGGAAGUCCAGCAGCAUAUCAUUAUGACAAAGGGUUUGGAGAUGGAGUCAAUAAUUGGGUAGUUUUUCUUGAGGGGGGAGGAUGGUGUGGAAGUGUAGAAGAUUGUGGACUCCGUUUUGGCAACUUCAUGGGUUCCUCUAACCAUAUGAAUAACACCCGUGUUUUUAGCGGCUUGCUAGAUUACAACAAGACCAAUAAUCCAGACUUCUACAAUUGGCACAGAAUUAUGAUCAAAUAUUGCGAUGGAUCUUCAUUCACAGGAGACGUUGAAUCAGUCGAUAAAGCUACCAAUCAACAUUAUAGAGGUGCAAGGAUUUUUCAAACAAUUAUGGAGGAGCUACUAGCAAAAGGAAUGAAGAAUGCAAAAAAUGCUAUUCUUUCAGGCAAUUCAGCUGGUGGAUUGGCUGCUAUGAUCCAUUGUGAUCGUUUUCGAUCUCUAUUACCUAGCACGCCUAGAGUGAAAUGCCUCUCGGAUGGUGGCUAUUUUUUACUUGACAAUGGUGGCAAGAGAGGGAAAGUAUUGGAAUCAACCUUUGCUGCAGUGGUUAACUUGCAUAAUUCAGCAAAGAUGUUGCCUUCAUCAUGUACUUCAAGAAUGGAUCCAACAUUGUGUUUUUUCCCACAAAAUUUACAACAAUAUAUCAAGACACCACUUUUCAUAAUCAAUUCUGCUUAUGAUUCAUACCAGAUAAUAUUUACCGUUAUACCCUCCGCACAAAGAGAUGACUUUAAGGAAAAUUGUAUGCCAGAUUUCAAGAAUUGCUCUUCCGAUCAGCAAAAGAUGUUACGAGAUUUUGGGGCAGAAUUUGUAAGUGCAUUACCAAACUCAUACAACCCUUCACAAAGAGGAAUGUUCGUCAACUCUUGCUUCAUACAUCUACAAAUUUCCUACAGUACCAGCUGGACUAGUCCUUUACUCAUGGUGAACAAUAAGACAGUUGCAAAGGCAUUUGGUGACUGGUUCUUUGAACGAGAUCUCUACCGAGAGCCGAUCAAACUACAAGAUUUGCCACAAAUAUGUCGUCCACCCCCUCAACCGGCUCAAGCUCAAGGUGAAGACCCCCCAAAACGACUCUGA